AUGCCGUACAACACCCGUCGCAAGUCACUGUCCCUGCCAUCGCUCGGGAUACAACUCCCCAACUCCUCUCGUCGUUCUCCCUCUAUCUCCAAGCACACCGAUGACCACCCAUCAAAAAAGGUCAAGAGAUCGCACGGUUCAACUUCAUUAUCGCCGGAGCCCUCCGACAAGAUCUCCGCGCGCGCCGGCCGACAUGGAUUAUUCGAGCACACCCCUCCUCCUUCACCGAUGGAUGGCGUGCACGCGCCCAAGAUCGACACCGAAGGAAUUAAUGACGAUAUCGUCGUCGCUGUAAUCAACCAACUCGAGAAGACUGGGAAUCGUCCCCAUCUAGUGAAGGAACUCGCUGCCGUCUUGGUCGCGUUGAAUGUGAACGUCGCAAAUUCUGCCAACCCGGCUGCCCUGCUGUCCUCGCGGUUGGCUGCCUAUAUGAAGCGCUCUUGGUCGGCGCUCGCGCCUUGCCCUAUUGCCAAGGAGCUUAUCUUAAUUCACCCGCGCAAAGUGUACUACUACCUCACUACGUUCCCUCAUCAGCCCAUCCCUGAGACUGACGAUACUGUUCCUGCCGUAGAUGGCAAGCAAAUCACUCCCACCCCAGUCCCGAAGUGGACUUGUCCUCCCCCGGACUUCGAAGAGCUGAACACCUCUUCCAACCACGGAGCCACCCCCGAUCAUUUCCCCGAUGCCAGUAAUCUCACCCGUCUCAUGCACUCGCACCGUGCGGCUUCCCCGCCCCUGGAGGGUGACGAGAAGGAAUUCACUCAAACCGCCAGCGCUGUGCGUGAGCGUGCCUCUGAGGAGAAAGCCAGCGAGUCCAGCCGUAGCCAGUCCAUCCUGUCCGAGAGCCUGAGCGCCAUGGAAGAUUCGGGUAUUUCCGAGUCCCCUGUAAACGGUGGCUCGAUGUCUCCCUCUCUUCACGGUGACGGCAUGUCGGAAGAAGAGUAUAGUGACUACUUCUCUCACAUGCCCGUUGACCACAUGGCCCAGGAUGCCGACGAGGCUGCUGCUUCUGCUCUGUUCGGCACUUCGCCUUCUCCAUCCCUCACCUCCAUCGCAUCAUCUGUCUCGUCUGGCACGAGCAUGGCCGAUGCCGGUAUGGAUGCGCUUGCUGGCAAACCCGCUGCUCCUCAGAUUGCUCUUCCUGAAGAUCUGGACGCAGCUCCCGUCUCAACUCUCAAGCGCUCGCUUGAUAUGUUGAACAGCGGUCUCCCAGAUGUUGAUCUUAAGAUGUCGGACUUGACGGAAUCCCACGAGCGUCUUACGCUCACUCCCCGUCCUGUCUCCAUGAACUCAGAGUCCGUUUUUGAUUCAUGGCGCGAACUUCAGAACCCAGAGAUGGUGGAAGUCGACGAGCUUGAUGAGAUGUUUGGCGAAAUCUAA